UUAAGGACAUUGGAAAAGACAGGAUCUUUUGCUCUGGUUCAUAAUGGAGUGGCUUCGGCUGUUCUUUCUCCAUCCUGUAUCAUUUUAUCAGGGGGCUGCAUUUCCUUUUGCACUUCUGUUCAAUUAUCUCUGCAUCAUGGAUUCAUUCUCCAUUCAUGCCAGGUACCUCUUUCUCCUGGCUGGAGGAGGCGCCCUGGCUGUGGCUGCCAUGGGUCCCUAUGCCGUGCUUGUCUUCACCCCUGCUGUCUGUGCCGUGGCUCUCCUCUGUUCUCUAGCCCCAUGGCAAGUCCACAAGUGGACCUUCUGCUUUCAGAUGAGCUGGCAGACCUUGUGUCACCUGGGUCUGCACUACACUGAGUAUUUCCUGCAUGAGCCUCCUUCCGUGAGAUUCUGCAUCACUCUUUCUUCUCUCAUGCUCUUGACCCAGAGGGUCACGUCCCUCUCUCUGGACAUUUGUGAGGGAAAAGUGGAGACAGCAUCUGGAAUCAUCAGGAGCAGGAGCUCUUUAUCUGAGCAUGUGUGUAUGGCACUGCCCUACUUCAGCUACUUGCUCUUUUUCCCUGCUCUUCUGGGAGGCUCUUUGUGCUCCUUCCGGCGAUUUCAGGCUCGUGUUCAGGGGUCCCAUGGUUUGUAUCCCAGCCGCUCUUUCUGGACUCUGAGCUGGAGAGGUCUGCAGAUUCUUGGACUAGAGUGCCUAAACGUGGCUGUGAGCAGGGUGGUGGGUGCCGGAGUGGGACUGACUGAUUGCCAGCGAUUCGAGUGCAUCUAUGUCAUGUGGACCACAGCUGGGCUCUUCAAGCUCACCUACUACUCCCACUGGAUCCUGGACGACUCCCUCCUCCAUGCAGCAGGCUUUGGGUCUGAGCUUGGUCAGAGCUCUGGAGAGGAGGAAUAUGUCCCUGAUGCAGACAUCUGGACCCUGGAAAGAACCCACAGGAUAUCCGUGUUUGCAAGAAAGUGGAACCAAAGCACAGCUCUAUGGCUCCGACGACUUGUAUUCCAGAACAGCAGGGCUUGGCCAUUGUUUCAGACAUUUGCCUUCUCUGCCUGGUGGCAUGGACUCCAUCCGGGACAGGUGUUUGGUUUCCUUUGUUGGGCUGUGAUGGUGGAAGCUGACUACCUGAUUCACUCCUUUGCCAAUGGGUUUAUCAGAUCCUGGCCGAUGAGGCUGUUCUAUAGAACCCUCACCUGGGCCCACACCCAGUUGAUCAUUGCCUACAUCAUGCUGGCUGUGGAGGUCAGGAGGCUUUCUUCUCUCUGGUUGCUCUGUAAUUCUUACAACAGUGUCUUUCCCAUGGUGUACUGUAUCCUGCUUUUGCUAUUGGUGAAGAGAAAGCACAGAUGUAACUGACAUCUUUCCCUGGCUUUCAUCUUAUACACCCAUGAAACAGUUUAGAAAGUGCCAGAUUACUGAGACCAGCUCAGUCACAGAGACCGCCCCCCCACCACAUGCACACACCCACAGGUGGUGCUGAAGGAAUUAAGAAACAAACACAAAGAGAGUGCAAAGUGAGACUGUCGGAGCUAACAGCCUUCCACGUUGACAGCCUCAAGCAGACUUUGACCCACAUAUUUAUUCUCUCUGAACAGGAGAUUAUUAUUAACAAACAGGUGUUCUGUGUUUUCUCAUAGAACAAAAAUAAACUAGGCAGGUAGCUGGUGCCUACUUACCACUGAUCAAAGACAAACUAGAAAGCAUUCUCCACGAGGGAGCCAUGGGGGCAGGGUCACAUAUCCCAUGCUUGAAGAACUAGUUUAACUGGUGUGUAAUAUAGACAUACUGUUUACUACUUUAGAACACCCUGAGCAGUUUUCUGCUUUGGGGGCCGGCUCAGUUUUCCUUGCUGUGGCUCUCAGCAAACAAUAUAGUCCAUCACACACUCAGCACCAGAUGAGGCAUCAGUGAUGCAUACAUUUGAGCUUUUCCAUAAUAAAAAAUUUUCUAAAGUUUUGGAUGAAUAUACCAAAUGACUUGCAGUAGGGAUGUGUGUGUCUGCUUUAGCAAGCUCUUCUGCUGAUGCUGAGGAUACAAAAAGGAAAAAGAUGUGGUUUCUUCCCUUUAGGUUUACAGCCUAGAUGUGGAAGAAAAGAUUAAGUAAAGUGAAACAUAAAAGCACAAGGUGCAAUGAACCAGAUGGCAAAUACUCUAUAUAUAGACACCCCAAAAUUGAGUGUUCAGUUGGCCCACCUGAUCCUGGAAUGGGAACUUUAGCAACACAAAACCAAACCAAAACAAAACCUAACUCAUUAUCAUAUUGGUUUGUUACAUGAACUAGAGAUUCAUACCCAUUCAUAAGUUUCAAAAUUUUGUCUAAAUUUGUAAAUUUGGGUCAGGUGCAGUGGCUCAUGCCUGUAAUCCCAGCACUUUACGGGGCUGAGG